AUGGCCGACCGCUUUGCGGCACUAGCCGGCUACGAUGCCGGUUCCAACUACGACUCGACCGUAGAACAAAGCUUAGCAGCAGCCGCAAGGGACGACUUACCAGGACUCGAAACUGUAGCCAGCAUCAAGAUCGACCUUCCGCCCUCGAAACCGCUCAACAACACCUUUAGCAAGUCCAAGAAGCCCAGCGCAGCUACUGAGCGUGCCAGACGAAUCACUUCGGGCCCUUUAGAUCUCGGCAACGGUCGCUCUCGCACUCCACCGCCGCACCACUCUUCCGGUACAUCAUCCAACAAGGAGAACGCACGUCAUGACGAGCCUCCCUCCACACAACGCAAGCAGGAGCAGCGAAGGCACUACGGCGUACGCAUCGCCGAGGAUGAGGCCUUCGAAGAGCUCGAAGACAGUUUGCAAAAGGGCCACCAGCAGGAUGAACUUCAACGCACGCAACAGGACAUCUCACAAGGUGGCGACUCUUUGCUUGCUGCUUCGCCAGGCAAUGACUCGGGUCAGUGGGAAGCACGUGCCAUGCGUCGACGCUCAGCAGCCGGUGUCUCGAUGAAGUCGGCUCAGGAGAAGAUCAACAGUCUUACACAGGAGCGCGAUGAGCUCAAGAUCGUCGUCGAUUUACUUCGAGAGAAGGUCUCGCUCGAUGACCGACUGGCGGAGCUUAUCGUCCUGAAGAAGGAGAAGCUCUCGUAUACCAACAAGAUGAUCGCUCAGCAGGCUAUGCUCAAGCAACAGGAUCGUGCAAUCAAAGUGCUUCAGAAGGAGCAGCAACAGUGGAAGGGCACCAACCCCGCUGAAUACGAGAAGCGUAUCGCCGACCUUCAAGCCAAGCUGCUCGCUGCUAACAACAAGGCAGAAGAGGAGCGACGUGAGAAGGUGCGACUUGAGGACGAGCUCGACUUUAUUAAACGACGAGGACCACCACCGGGUGAUGCUAGUCGCGGUGCGGACGAGACUUCAGCUACUUCUCUCGGCGACUCGACUCACUUACGGCAGCGCAUCGACGCCCUGCGCGACGAGCACGAGGACGAGAAGUACGAGCUUCGUAGAGAGCGCGAUCAAGUGCAAGAGCAACUGGAACAAGCCCGCGACGAGAUCGAGCACCUUCGCUCUUCCCAACGACGCUCCGCUUCUCCCGGCGAGACAUCCCAUUACCAUCGCAACGUCGACGAGCUCGAACAGCAGCUCGCCGCUCAGAAGACCGAGGAUGCCAAGAUGCUCGAACGUCACGCUCAGCUCAUUGCUGAUAUCGAACAUCACAAGGACGAGUUGUACGAGUUGCGGUCCUCGGAAGAAGCACUCCAGCGCGAGCUCGAUGUAGCUAACCAGCGACUGGAGCAUGUCAGCAUCACUCAGGAGGAUGAGGCAGCGCGUUUUGUCGAAGCUGAUCGUCUGGCUGCAGACCGAUACCAAGAUCAGAUCGACAAGCUUCGAGACGAGCUCGCGUCCGCACAGCUGCAGAUUGACGGCAAGGAAGCUGAGCUCGAAAGGCUGGACGCAGAAUUACAAGAUCUCACUGCCAAAGUUGCUGAUCUCGAAUACGAGCUGCGACAGGCCGAGAACCUGCUGGAGGAGCAAAAAGUGCAGCUCGAAGGUGUCGAGGCUGAAGCAGACGAGCUCGACCGUCAAGUGCAGGCGUUCAAGCAGGAAGCCGACGAGCUGCGUGCUGAAGCUGAAGAGUUGCACAAGGAGCUUGACGCCAAAGAUGUUGAUCUGGCAGAGACCAACAAAGAGAUGCAAGAGAUGUCGAACCGCAUGUUCGGCUUAGAAGAGGAGCUCGAAGCGCGUGCAGAUGAGAUCAAGCAACUCGACGAGGAGAUCACGAAAGUGGAAGAGGCAUUACAGCAAGCCAACGAGAAGCACGAACGACACACCACUGUGCUCAAGGAGAAGCUUGCAGCUACUACACAGGAGCUGAGCGGUACACAAGGUCAGCUUGAAGCAACGCUGGGCGAACUCGAAGCGAUGCGUGACGAGGCCGAUACAUACGCACGUGAAGUGGAGCAGCUCACUGCCGAGCGAGCACGACUUGAAGACCUCAAUGCUAAGUUGGAUGCCAAGGUGGCUGAUGUUGUUGAAGAUCUUAAAGCUGAAGAGCGGGCGCUUGACGACGCGCAUGCUGAAUGGGAACGCAAGCUGGAAGAGACGGAAGAGCGCAUGGCACGUGUCGUUCGCGACAAAGAUGAAGCUAUUUUAUCGCUCGAGAAGGAGCUCAAUCAGAUGGAAGACGAUCUCGCGACACGCAAAGCCGAUGUUCAGACGCUGCAAGACGCACUUCGAUCUAAAGAGAACGAGUCGUUCCGAAUGGGUCAGAGCUCAGCCAACGACAAGUACAGUCUUGAACUCGAGAUCGACCGUCUCAAACGCGACCUUGCACGCUGUGAAGACGACCUUGCUCGUGCACGCAAGGAUCUCGAUCGCAAGGAUGACUCGCUUCGACAGAAAGAGGAGAGCCUUGCGAAGCUGCAUUCGGAACUGCGCGAUGCACAAGCCAAGCUGGCCAGCGAGAUGCAAUCCCACCUUGGGCUCUCCGAGCGAUUCGAAGCACAGCAAAACGCAGUCAAGACUGAACGGAAAGAACUCGAAGCGGCACGAGCCAAAGUGGAAGAGCUCGAGUACGAGCUGAACGAUGGCGAGCGAGCCACUCUCCGCACGGAGCAAGCGACUCGCGAUGCACUCAACCAGCGCAACACCUUGCUGCUCACCAUCUAUCAGCAGAUGGGUAAGAUCCUCGCUUCCUCCUCUGCUGAUGGGAAUUCGACACCAAGGAAGCGAGAAGCAGAGCUCAAGCCUUUCACCAACUUUGAGGUCUUCCAUUCGAGUCUCCUCGGCCGAUUGCGUCGUGUAUUGGAUACGCAGCUUGGUGUCGAUCAGAAGGCGAAGGAAUUGGAAGCUAAGCUGUUGGAGAAAUACAACGCACUCAAAAGGCAACAAGACACUCGAUUCCGCCAAAUCGAUCGCUUCGAAGCCUCGAUCAAAGUUGCGACCGAUAAGCAAGGGCAAUGGCGUCAAAGACUCGUCACUAAACAAGCCGAACUCGACGCUGUUAAAGCAACCAACGCUGAACUCUUACAGCAGAUCUCCUCUCUCAAGACCCGCAGCUCCCUCUCCACACCAGGUGAUAAUAACAAGCUCACCGCGCUUACAACAAGAGCUAACACUGCUGAGCGUCGCUUAGCUACCGCUUUAACACAGGCUACGCAAGCCGAGGACAGAUUGGCGGAGGCGAAAGUGAAGUAUGGCGAAGGAGAGGGUAAAUGGGCUGCAAGAAUCAAGGAGCUCGAGUUGAGGUGUAAGGCUGCAGAAGAGAGAGUGAAGAGGGAAAGACAGGGUGCGAAAGAGAGAGUGGCUGAAUUGGAAGAGAUUAGAAGGAAGUUGGAGAAGGAUUUGGAAGCUGCGACGAAGCGCAAUAAGAUCGUGGGUGAGCUGCAGGCGAAUGUUAGAGGGAUCAACUAG